UUGGCAUUCGAUCAUUCCAGGGGAGGAAUUAAAAGCAGUUGUAGCUAGUGAACAGCAGGACGUAUGAUGACGUAAUCCCACUACAGGAGAGCCAGCAGACGACCAAUGGAUGACGGCAGGUUAGGGUUAGUCAGACGUCAUGCUAGACGCAACCGUCGUAUGACGUACGUCAUGAAUGAGAUCAUCCGGAACAGACAGGCCAUGAACGAGAGCUGGCUGACACGUCAUGAACACAAGGUCAAGGCCAGGAUGUCCACCGAGACGGUACUGGCCAGGCAAGCGGCGGUCAGACAGAGGGUUCUGCUGCAUUGUAUGGACGUGAGGAAACAGGCAACAUCGAGUCAGACGAACAACCUAGGCAGGUAUGCAGGUCAAACCCUGCAGGAUAUCCACAGGGAGACGGAGGAGAGGAUCGCCUGGUACCACCCCAGCCUGAGGCGGCGGAGACUGGUGGAGAGGACCAGAGACAGGUGUCUGAUGCAAGGCGAGAUUCUCCAAGAGAGUGACGUCAGAGACAGGAUGGGCCAAUUCUUCCAGGACCUCCAGGACGACAUGAAGAGACACGCCCAGACCCGCAGACCAGCCCCGCCCCCCAACAGAGCCAGGUACAGAAGGGUCGGGGGGCUGCUGGUGGGGGAGGACGACGGCCCCAGGGACGGAGACUUCCCCGACCCGUUCGGCACGGUGAAGAAAUACUUGGAGGACAACCCGCUGGGCCGCCUGGCCGGGCUCAUCCCCAGCCGCUUCAAGGCUGAGCUGCUCAGGGCGCAGGAGGCCGAGAAAAAUGGCGGCGCUGUUCCAGAGUUGGCUGAUGGAACCACACGUCCGGGAACAACAGUUUCCAGCAAGGGUGGGGGAAGGCUGACAAACCUCUCCACGGACAGUGACACUGCCGUCCUGCCACGAAUGAAAAACUUAUCGCCCGUUACCGCCACAGCUUCACCUACUCGUCUGGAGAGGAUUCGAACCCUGGUCUUGCCACCCAUCCAGCCAACCAAACAGAUGGUAGCAGACCUCCAUCAGUAAACAUGUACAACUGUCCCUCACACAAGCCUCUGUCAGCCUCUGGCGUGUCACUGUCUUGGACCCUCAAAUCAUAAACGUUAAAGUUCAUCAGCAGCACAGAUUUAAUGUCUUUAUAAGAACAUUUAUUUGAGCCCUGAUUAAAUCCCCCAGUUUUUAGUCCCUGUUGACCUACAUACUCGGCUAUUUUUAGGGACUAUCAAUUUUAUAAUCAAAUAUUGUGGCUAUGAUUGGUCAGUUCUCAAUAGUGAAAUAUUCUGGGACUUGAAGCCGUAUGGUAUGAUAACGCCCUGAGCAAUGAAGAACUUGCAGCGAUUAAUCGUCACGCUCGCGUGGUGGUCGAGUGGAUUAGGCCACAACAGACACCUCAUGUCUCCUGCCAGAGUUCGAAUCCAGGUGGGGCGGCGCUAUAAACACACCUGACUCUACGCCUGGCCGGUAUACCAAGCUCAGACAAAACAUAGAACCAUCGCCAUUGGAGAAGUCUUGUUUUGUUUUGAAUUUUAAAAAUAUAGCAGAAUAAACAUUUGACUCCACGUUUUAAUUCCCCUUUCUGUAACUCGGCCCUAAGUACCAUGUAUUAGUAUUAAACUUGAGCACAACUCAGGAGCCUGCUUUAAAACAUCGCCAAUGGCCACAUCCUCUUUUAUGUUUCGGUCUACUUGACUAAUGAGUUAUCAACCAUUUUACUGUAUUCGACUUCAAGGUGGCUCAGUUUGAGCCGGAUACUUUCAUUCAUUACUAAUGUAUGAUUUUUAUUAUAAUUUUAAUAAGCUAUUUUUAAAUAACAAAUGGUCAUUACAAUUGUAGUUAUAAAUAUAAUGCAAUAUUUUUGCAUAAACAAAUUACGUUUUUUUACAAAUUUGUGGGGAUAAUUCUACACGAUAUGUUCACUGUUAUUAUUUAGACAAGUAGACCCUACCAACUUUUAAAUUAACACAGGUAAACAUUUCUGCAGGUUGUUUUUUUUUUAAUUUAAUCACCACGUAUUCUUUUAAUGUGUUUAGUUAAUAGUGUAGUGACUUAUGGGGGAGAAAGUUUCCUACUUACACAAAGAUCUAUUUUCUUUUUAUCAAU